CAUCGCCCCUUUCCUCCUUCCCACCUUCCCUCCUUCCUUCCUCUAAUACUCUCACCUCUCCGAGCGACGUGUCUGCUACAACCAUGACCCUUGUCACCGAAUUCAGACCCGUCGCACAUGAGUUCUACCCAGACGACUUCCACGGAGCUGCAUUCGUCGGGGUCAAGGCUGCAGAUGCCCUGUGGUUCUAUCGAUUCGACUCGACCUUCAUCGAGGUCCGCGACAUCUUCACCUGCCAGGACAAGGUCUUUGGUGCAUUAUCCACCAUAGAUAUUAAACUGCGCUUCAGGGAUCUAUUCAAGAGCAGCGAAAUCGCUAUCGUGAAUGUUCAGGAUGCAUAUGUAGCCGAGUUUCACGCGCUUGUCAUUGUCGUGCGGGAGAUGCAAGAGGACCGGGAUCACGUCUUCAUCUGGAAUUUGUUAUCACUCCGCCUCCAACUACUCAUCUCUGCGCCACGGCUCCUGACCGCUGCAACAGUGACGGCCCAGCAAGCAAUCACGAGAAACAACUCUGGCGACACAACCUCAUCAUCAAUCAACAUCGAUGAGGAAGAAGAAGAGAACGAGCAGGAACACGAGGAAGGUGAGGACUUACAAAGCAGAGUGCGUCUUCAGGAAAACCGGAGGCAGCUUUUGGUCCUGGGACAUCGAGACGGCUGGGUUACCAUCUAUAAAUUUACCGUCUCGCAAGCAGGGCAAGUGAACUGUUCGAAGGCAAGUCCAGAAGCAAUCUUGAAGCCGUUGAGAAUCUCUGCCUCUUUUUUUCUCUCUACCGCUGAGCUUUUGCUUACCUGAUACCUAAUGCUUGCUGCACUUGUCGCUGAAUAGGAACCCGAACAUGAGAUUUCACUUAACAAGGGAUCGAUCACAUCAUUCGCCACACUGUCCAACAAAAGUGCAGGAUCCAUACCCGUCAUCGUGGCAGGAACGUCGGAGGCCAAGGUCUUU